GAUAGUGAGUAGGAGGAAGAAGAGACUCUGGUCUUGGUAGAACUUCAUGGAGUCAUUGAUUCUGAGAUAUUUGCACAAGAUUCCUUUGACAAAUUCAAGAUUCUUGCAAUCGAGUCGGAAAGUCCCAUCCUGCAAGUUGAGAACUUUGUCUUCACUGGGGAGUACGACCACACAAUGGGAACAGCUGUCUUCUUUGAGGAAGAGGAAAAGAAAGUGAAAAAGUGUGAUCCAGUGUUCUGCAAGAAACCCACCCGAAUGCUCAAGUAUGUAUGCAAAACCAACAAGAAACUCAACAUGAAACGGGUCUUUGUCUCUGAAAAAUCAGAGGGGAAUGCGGUAAAGUUGAAAAUGGAGCGAACGGAGGAGGGAGAGAGUGAGGGAGCAAUGGAUUUCUCAGCAGAAGAGGCAUCGGGAGGGCUGGAGCCUGAGAACGGGCAGCUAGAUGGAGACAGCGAAUACUCAGGUGGACUUAUAUCAAAGGAAUAAUGGAUAUUCUCUAUUAACAUGUAUGUAUUUCAAACCUUGGUAAUGAAGGGAAAUAUUUUAAAGGAAUAUUUCUCUGUGCUUGUAAUUUGUUUCAUGUCAUAUACCAGAGUUUGAGAUGUGCUUUAUUUAUUGUAUCUUAUUUUUAGUUUUGAUUUAGUAACUAGUAAUAAUGUUUUAUUACUAAGAGAAAUGUACUCAUAAUGCAGAAAUUCCUAUUGUGUCUUUGCUCUAAUGUUGUUGACACAUAGAGUACACUCGGUUUACUUUAAAUACUCUUUACUUCCAUCAUGUUCAUCUUGUCUUUCUAUCAGUUUACUUUCACCCAGAAUUACAUAAUUUCCAAUGUAAGAUGUCAGGCUGAAUUAAUGACUAUUCAUUAAAUGUAGUUAUACAUUAUGUUGUCUGUAAGAUCUAAAGUCAUAAAAAUUAGCACUUAC